GGUUGACUUCCCUGUAGCAGCCGUGUGUGCAGCAGUGAAACGUUUUUACUUAACUUGUAGAACAACGCAAAAGGCAAGAUGUCUGCUGUCGAAUACGAUGAAUAUGAGUCCAAAUUUAUGAGAAAAGCAAAGGAAAAUCCAUUCGUUCCUGCAGGAAUGGCUGGAUUCUUUGCGAUUGUGGCCUACAGACUUUAUAAACUGAAGAAUCGUGGGAACGUGAAAAUGUCGGUGCAUCUCAUACACAUGCGUGUAGCCGCACAAGGGUUUGUGGUGGGAGCUAUGACCAUAGGUGUCAUUUACUCAAUGUACAGAGACUAUGUGUGGAAGCCCAUGCAGGAGCAGAAAGCAUUGGAAAAGAAGUGAAAAAUCAAAGGACUCAGAAAUUGCCCUUACACUGCCUCAUAUUAAGGUGUUCUUAUGUAUUUAUUGCUGACUUUGGUAUUGUUUGCGGACUUGCCUCUGUUACCAGAACCUACUUAUGAGAAACACAAAACAUUUCCUCCUGUUUAAAGUUCUUAAGGAAGCGUUUAAGCUGUAGAAUGACAGGUCUUACCUUCGAGAGACAUGUACCCUCUCAAAAAGAGCACGCUGACAGAGAUAAGGCACCUAACUUUGUGUCCUCUCUUUGAAAGGUCUUUCCUCUAUUGGAUCCAUGGCUCAUAUUAGGCUGUGUAAUAAAACAAAACACACUAGACACAGGGACCACCCAGACUAUAUUAGAAGUUACAGUACAUUCAAAUGACUGGUUCCUGCUUGAUAUGAAUUAUGGGAAAACCCAUUUUCCCAGAGAGCAAUAUUUUAGAUGCCCCUCCCCUUUUUUUUGCUUAUCUUACUUAAUCCCACCUGAUUCAGCAGUAGUCCUGACUACUGAAUCCUAGUGUCAGGUGUGUGAGAUGACAUAAUUGAUGAAGUUAAAGUCAGAAUUAGGAAGCAGGAUUGUUUGCCUUUACGUGCAUGAAGCUACAGUGUGCAAUUAUAUAUUUAGUUGUGAAAAACAUAUAUAAAAAAUGAGGUGCUUCACAAGACACAUUCAUGGGAGGGUUGGGUUGUGGUACAUGAAAUGGGCUUCUGUAAACCACAUUUUUAAUAGUAAUGAUAAUUUAUUUUAAUAGUUAUAUUUAUUUUCUAUAAAUAAUAUUCAAAUUAAAACAAAAGACUUGAGCAGUAAAACAGGGGGGUGAUAGAAAGGAAAGGUUCAUGGCACAGAUCAGGGCAUAUAAAUAACAUAAUGACAACAGUAAUAAUAAUAAUAAUAAUAAUAAUAAUCAUGAACAUGAGCAUAUCUCAGGUUAAGUGGAGAGGAAAUGGUUAGAAAAAGCAGGCCAAAAACCAUAACCAUAAAUCUGCUAUUUUAUUUAGUGAGGGAAAGAAGUGCCAUAGCUUUGAACAAUUGUUACUUGGCACCUGUUCUGACAAACUUUUUUUUUCCCCCCCUACCCUGCUUUGUGGAUGGGGGUAUGUGGAACAUUUGAUAACCUUUCCAAAUGUAUUGCACUGGGUUUGAUUUGGUGGAUCAGAAAAGUUUUACAUUGUCCCCACAAAUAAAGAGUCUUGUAAAUA